AUGAACGAAGCCGCAAUCCUCACAUCCCCAAACUCCCCUCUCACAUUACAGACCCUUCCCAUCCCCACACCUUCCGCCUACGAACUCCUAAUCCAAGUCUCCCUCAUCGGCAUCAACGCCAUUGAAGCUAAGAUAGCCAAACGUGGCACUCCACCCGCGCCUUCCUAUCCCUUCAUCCUAGGCUCUUCUUACACGGGUACGAUCGCUGCCAUCGGUUCCUCAGUCACGAAAUACAAAGUUGGGGAACGCGUUCUCGUUAACAAGAGAUUCGGUACACAGGGCAACGAGUAUGGCGCGUAUCAACACUACGUCCUCGUUGCUGCACGGGAGAAGAUGGUAGUCAGACUACCGGAAGACAUGAACAAAGAUGGCGAAGCAGCGUUGGUAGCAUUGAUCAUGAACGCGAGUUGUGUCACCGGUCUCUUCUCUGGGCGGUUGGGAUUGCACAAGCCAGGUGAUGACGUCCCAGAAGAAGGAGAAGGAGAAAGAGAAAAGAUAUUGAUAUACGGCGGAAGUUCCAGUUUCGGUCGUUUAGCAGUACAGUACCUCAGAUGCGCAGGGUACGAUGUUACCACAACGUCUUCACCACAGCACAUGGGUACCGUGCGUGAGCUCAGCGGGAGUGGAACUCACGUCGUCGACCAUACGCAACCACCCGAAAGAGUACUCGCAGAGAUCAAGGCGCAUGUACCAUACGAUGUCGUCGUGGACAUGAUAUCCACUCCCGAAACCAUCACCCUCGCAAGCCGCGUUCUGUCAGCGCAAGGCGGAGGCAAAGUCUUUGCUACGCAACCUGCUUUCAGUCCUGAGAGCUUGCCAGAGGGUGUAGAGAGGGUGUUUGAACCGUGGUCAGACUCGUUGUACGAGGAGGGGAAUGAAGGAUUGAUGGAAUGGGUUGUGGGGACGUAUCUACCGUUUGGCAUGGAGAAGGGGUGGAUUAGUGCGCAGGAGGUUGAGAUGGUGCUGGGGUUGGAGGGUGUUGAUGCUGUUUUAGACAAGAUGGUGGAAGGAUAUGGGGGUGGCAAGAGGUAUGUUGUUAAUAUUGGUGGGUAA